CGAUGCGUGUCUGGUGUUAAGAAGUCGUUAAGUCGAUUCUCAGUUUCCAAUUCUUCUUGGGUUAGUUUAACAAUGAAAGGGCGUUGACAAGCACGGCAGGAUAUCAACACAUUUUCGCCGAAAAGUCAUCGAGAUAUUCGAAAAGCUUUUCUCCAAUUUUCACCGGAUAAUUGGUUAACAGCUCGAAAAAAAAAACAAUAAAGGAUCGUAGAAAGUGAGAACAUAAUUUUUUUUUUUUGAUCUAUCCUCCUGUCAACACUUCCAUUUUCUAACAGAAUUACAUUCAAAUUUUAUUCUUACAUCAGCAUAUCAAAAUGGCAAUAUAGAUUUAUUUUUGGUGUCAUCUAACGGCAACUACGAUUAAUAUCUCUUUAUAUUUUAAUCUAAAAAAAAAGGGUUUUAUAAAUUAUGUGAAAUUUCACAUACUACACGUAUAUUGUAGACUAUUUCCUUGGUAAGUGCUAACUGUAUCUUGAUUAUUGGGUAACAACGGGAAAGAGAAAAUGGAUUACUUCUGACGUCAGAAUAAACGUCGGCUAAUUAGAGUAAUUUCGAUCAUUAUAAUAGAAUCCUCGGGUAAUGAGAGAGUAACGUUAAGAUCAAAUGACAGGAGUGAAAGUUUCGUAUGUAAUUAUCGGACAUAAUCAUUCUCCGUCGUUCUAACGAAAUCAUUGAAAUUCUAGGGCUAAAUUCGAAUGGAAACAGACAGGAAAUAAAGUCUCCCUCCGAUGUGCGUGACGUGCGGUGAGAUUUAAAAAAAGAAAAAAAAAAAAAAAAAAAAAAGAAAGAAUUUCAAGCUUAUUAUUCUCUUCUUGGACAUAGACAGAUACAUUUGAUCUUGAUUAUUGUCACGUCACGUAUUAAUUCAAUCAAAAUUUGUCUCAUCGUUAGAUUUCUUUCGAUCGACGAAUAAAAAUCUUCAUUAAAAGGAAUAUUUCUUAUUAAAUGAAAACUUCUUUUAACGUCUUUAAUAUUGAAGACAAAAAAUCGCGUUGCUCAUCCUCAGUAAUAUACGCGUAAUGAGAUCUGACCCCGUCAACUUCAUUAAUUGACCCGAUCGUCUUAGGCGCCUAUUCCGUGUGGCGUAGGCGUUCGCUUGUUCGCGCGCACACAAAUUCAAAGAGAACACGACAUGCGCACUUCUUCUUAAAGAUAGAUAGAGAGAGAGAGAGAGAGAGAGAGAGAGAGAGAGAGAGAGACACGUGUACGUAUUCUCUUUCUUUCUCUCUCAUAUACACAUAUUUAAGAGAGUAGAGCGUGUGUACAAGACGAUGUAAUUUCAAGCGAAGAGCCGGCUUUUGCAAUCACCGAUGGAGAGCGAUGGGGAGAACGUGCGCGUUGUAACUUCCUUCCUCGAUUGUAUUUGUAACAGGAUCGUAAUUAUUUUCCCACAGUGCCAUAGGUCAAUGUCUUUCCGAACAAUAUGAAUUUAAAAACGAUAGAAUAAACAAAUUUAUUCUAUCGUUUUUUAAAAGAAAUAUAUAUACAUAUAUAUAAAGUAAGUGCGCGCAUGUUUAUAAACAUCAUUGAAUGUUUUCAAAUAUUUUUCUAUCCUCGUUUUUAAGGGAAAACUAAUUUGAUCUAAAAUAAUUCACUUUUUCAUCCCCCAAGUGAAAAAAUUUAUAUACAUUAUCCUUAUUUUCUUCACUCGGAAUGAUACAAAUUUUGUAUGAACUUUUGUAAUUUAAAAAAAGAAAAAAAGAAAAAAAAAUCGCUACAUAUAAAUCGUUAAAUAUAAAAUUUCUACGUUUGAAUUGACUUUCGUUCGACAUCGUCAAUUUCAUUUGAAUGUAUGACAUUUAAUGUCAAACGUAAUUUUACCAUCGGUAAGGGUAAGAAAGAGUAAAGUAAACUAACGAAUGAAAAAAAAAACAAAUUUGAUUGAAAUUUCGUGUCGCGCGAAAGGAGAGAAAGAAGAAAAAAGAAGAAAGGAAAAGAAAAAAUUUGUAUACUUCUCAUGGCACUGAAGAAUAUUUUAUACGUCCCUGUUGUCGUAUGCGAACGUAGCGGUGCGUCGCAUGCCAGAGAGUCGUGGCAAAGCAGGAGAAGAAGAAGGGCCCCCACCUGUUUCAGAAAGUCGAACGGACUGAACGGGCUGCCUAUGCGGAGGGGAAAAACGUCAGUAGUAGGCGCGGCAGUUUUCAGACGCUGCUACCUCAGCGUACACCUCUUUUACGACACAUUCUUUUCUUUCUUUCUUUCAUUCUUUCUUUUAUUCGUUCUUCCUUUCUUGUACGGAAAGACUUUUCUUUUUUUGUUUUUUUUUUUUUUUUAAUCAAAACGAAAGGAGACCUUUGACCCCUGGUGCGUUAAAACAGUGUGCUUCUACGAGUAUAUAUAUAUAUAUACAUACAUAUAUAUAUAUAUAUUCUCUCUAUCGUGACGUUACACGUUCUAUCUACAAAAACUACGGCGAUCAAUAUCAACGUUGUACGUUGCUCUUCAUCGAGGCCACUGACUCGUUUCAACGAACUACGUCCAGUUCAACGAAGACGCGAGAUUAAAAGAAGCUUCACAGGAUAUUCACAUUAUUUGUUUCCUUUUUCUCAGGUCCAGGAACGUCUCGAAGACGGCCCGGUCCCUGUAGAACCGGUAUGCUCUUCUGUCUGUGACAUCGUCGACGAGGUCUGCCACGAGCUUCAAUCCUAUAGAAACGAAUACGGCCGUGAAUUGGUAGCUCUGUUGAGAAACUCCCACUUGAAGGCGCUCUUAGAGACUCACGACGCUGUCGUGGAACGUAGAGAAGCUUCACCGAUUUCAGAACCAAUUCCAUCUUUAGUUAUGCCUUCCGACGAGAGAACGGAAGUCAUGAGAGUCGUUGGACUUACAAGACAACCCGACGAACCAUUGGGUCUGACAGUGCAAGUUGACGAGUCUGGCAACUUGAUAAUAGCCAGGAUCCUUGGUGGUAGCACAGCAGCAAGACAAAGACUCUUAAGAAUAGGCGAGGUGAUCUUGGAGGUGAACGGAAAGCCUGUUCACAAUCCCGAUGAAUUGCAACAGGCCAUACACGAGGCUAAAGAGAAUCUCUUUUUAAAAUUGGCCCCUGGAAUAGCUAAUGACGGCAGUAGACCGCUCAAGUCCACGUGUUACAUGAGAGCUCUGUUCGAUUAUGAGCCAUCAGAGGAUACUCUCUUACCAUGUAAAGAAAUAGGUUUGCGUUUUAACAAAGGUAACGUCCUACAAAUAGUGGACCAAGCCGAUCCAAAUUGGUGGCAGGCACGAAGAGUCGAAGGUGACGGAUUGAGUUCAGCCGGUCUUAUACCGUCCUUGGAAUUGGAAGAACGGAGGAAGGCUUUCGUUCCGCCUGAGGCAGAUUUCGUUCACAAAAUAAGUAUUUGUGGGACGAGAAUCUCAAAGAAAAAAAAAAGGAAGAUGUAUCAGUCGAAAUCCAACGGGGAAUUCGACGGUGCUGAAUUGCUUCUUUAUGAGGAAGUUGCUAGGAUGCCACCUUUUAGACGUAAGACUUUGGCUUUGGUUGGACCACGUGGUGUUGGUAGACGAACACUGAAGAACAGGCUAAUAAAUAGUGAUCGAGAAAAAUUUGGCACGAUCGUACCAUAUACAUCUCGACCUCCCAGAGUUCUCGAAGAAGAUGGAAAAAGUUAUUGGUUUACUGAUAGAGAAAGUAUGGAAAGAGAUAUUAGAGAACAUCGGUAUUUGGAAUAUGGUGAACAUGGUGGUCAUUUAUACGGAACAAAAUUAGACUCUGUUCGGGAAUUGAUAAGAGCGGGAAAAAUGUGUGUCCUUGAUUGUAGCCCUGCAGCAUUGAAGAUCCUUCAUAAUAGUACAGAAUUUAUGCCUUAUGUUAUCUUCAUAGCAGCACCAGGAAUGGAGCAAUUAAAAAGUUUAUACGAUCUUGGAAGGUCUACCGGAGCCAGCAGUCGAAAUCUGACGUUUGACCGGCAGAGUUCGAUAAGGUACAGCUCGAGGAGGGCCAGAACACUAGAAUCUCUUGCAUCUUUAUAUGAGGAAGACGAUUUAAAAUCGACUCUGGAGGAAUCGGCGGCUUUACAAAGGGCCUACGAAAAAUACAUCGAUCUUGUGAUCAUCAACGAAGAUUUCGAUCAAACCUUUAGACAAGUAAUCGCAGCUUUAGAUGCUUUGGCGACUGAACAUCAAUGGGUUCCAGUCAAUUGGAUAUAUUAAUCGAAAGUAUGAAUCGACGUAAACGAAGUUUUCGUCUUUGUAAGAAAAUUCUUCACGAGUUUUGUAUUAACAAUUAUAAGUGAGAAUGAGCGAAUUAAUAAUUACUGCCGAUUACACGGUUAAAAACCGUUAAUUUCGAUAGGUUACUUAGGAAAAAAUCAAGCGAAGACUUGAUUAAAAUAACGCUUGAACGAUAUUCGAUAAAGAUCUAUUCGUUCAAUCGCCAUAUCUGAUAAGAAUCGACACGUGGAAUGUGAAAUUUCAAAAUGACGUUUACUUAUUCAAAAGAAUAGCAAAUGACGGAAGAAUAAUUAUGAUUUCGUCUUUAACAUUUAAAAGAUUAUUAUUAAUCGGUUCCAUUUCUUUAUUAAUUUGUUAUAAUUAUUUAUGCGAAUAUUAAAUAUAUCGCCUAAAAAUAGGCCAUAUUUUGUAAUUUCGUCUAAUUAAGUAACAAAUCUUUUAUGUCUCUUAUGACUAGCAACGUAUCGAUACAUUAUAACUCUAAUAAGAUAAGCAUAUGUGUAUGUUGCUAUAUCAUAAGUUACUUAGAAAUACCACCAGGUGUAAUAUUAAAUAUUCUCAUAAAAUAAUUAUAAAUCAGUUAUAAAAAAGAAUCGUUCAGUGUCCUAAUCAGAUUCGUGUUUCAAGAAGUAUCGAUAUAAUUUUCUCAAUUCCGAAUUAGAAUGUUUCAUGACGUUGUAGGAAGUACAAUCGUAGAAUUUAUGUUAAUUUUUGUUUGUUUGUUUUUUUUUUUUUUUUUUUGUUAGUUUAUAAACAAGAUCAUUUCGCCAUUGUCAAAGCAUUUAUUCGGAUUUUAAUUGUCUUUUAAUUGAAAAUAUUUUGCGACGUUUCAUUUUGUGAUUUUUUUUUUGUUUCUUUUUUAUAAAAUGAUGUUGUAACAAGCAGGCGAAGUCUUGUUUUUAAUCAAGUUUGAUCGAUUGGAUCGAUUAAACUUAAGGAUUAUACCGCCGUCCAAUUAUUUUUAAGAUAAUAUACGUUUCGUAUUUUAAGUUAAUAUCAUUUUUCUGUGCAGGAUCACGUACUUUAUACUUAUCAUUGAUCGAAAACGAUCACGUUCUCUUAUAAUAGAUAGGUGAAAUAUUAAUUGUAAGAUUUCGUUAAUUAAUUUCAUUUAUUUUUUCCUGUUUUAUAUAUGUAUAUUCUAUUCAAAUCGCCUUCGAUGUUCAUACAUGCUAAAUCAUAUAUUCCUGGCAUAUAUAUAUAUAUAUAUAUAUAUGUAUAUAUAGUGCCUUAAAGAAGCGCAUUCUCUUAUUAAGAGUUUGACGCGAAGACCUACUUUUUUUUUCAAGAUAAAUGUCUUAUGUGCGAGUUUUAUGUAAGUAUUAACAUAUACAUUUUCUAACGUAUAGCACACUCAUGGACAUACAUAAUAGAAAUUAAAAUAAAAUCAUGCACUUGCGUAUAAGGAAAAUAUGAUGAAAGAACGGAAUGCAUGUAUCGAACGGUGCGAUUUUGAUCGGACCAAAUGAUACGCGAAAUGAAUAAAAUUUAUCAAAUAUUUGUUAUGGAA